UCUUAACAUUGGGCAUUCUUGACUGCAGCAGCAUUUGGUGAAGCCUCUAACUGCAUUCUUGGUUGAGGGCGGAAGCGAGAACUACGUUGCGCAGGAGGUGCCUACAGAUUGUCCUGGACCCACGUGGAAGUGGUGCUCAGCAUGCUGCGCCGUGAGGCCCGCCUUCGCCGGGAGUACCUGUACCGCAAGGCCCGUGAGGAGGCACAGCGCUCCGCCCACGAGAGGAAGGAGAAGGUGCGGCGCGCCCUCGAAGAGAACCGCCUGAUUCCCACUGAGUUACGCAGGGAGGCUCUGGCCUUACAAGAGUCCCUGGAGUUUGAUGAUGCCGGCGGUGAAGGUGUGACCAACCAUGUGGAUGAUGAAUAUCGAUGGGCAGGGGUCGAGGAUCCCAAGGUCAUGAUCACUACCUCCCGAGACCCUAGUUCCCGCCUCAAAAUGUUUGCAAAGGAGCUGAAGCUAGUGUUCCCAGGUGCCCAGCGCAUGAACCGUGGCCGACAUGAGGUGGGGGCACUGGUGCGAGCCUGCAAAGCCAAUGGGGUCACUGACCUGUUGGUUGUCCACGAGCAUCGAGGCACACCUGUGGGAUUCAUUGUCAGCCACCUGCCCUUCGGCCCCACUGCUUAUUUCACACUGUGUAAUGUGGUUAUGCGGCAUGACGUUCCGGACCUGGGCACCGUGUCAGAAGCCAAACCUCACCUCAUCAUGCAUGGUUUCUCCUCCCGUCUGGGCAAGCGGGUCUCUGACAUACUUCGUUACCUGUUCCCUGUGCCCAAAGAUGACAGCCACCGGGUCAUCACCUUCGCCAACCAGGAUGACUACAUUUCCUUCCGGCACCAUGUGUACAGGAAGACCAACCACCGCAAUGUCGAACUAACAGAAGUCGGGCCUCGCUUUGAGCUGAAGUUGUACAUGAUCCGCCAGGGCACGCUGGAACAGGAGGCCACAGCAGAUGUGGAGUGGCGCUGGCACCCUUAUACCAACACUGCACACAAGAGGGUCUUUCUGAGUGCUGAGUGAACCUAUUCUUCAAUCAGGAUGCAGACUUGGACCCAGGAGGUGGGGGAGAUCAGAAUAAAGUCUCUGCACCACACUGA